CCUCAAAGUGUACGUUUUUUUUUCUCUAGAAUUUUUUUUUACCUCUAUACAUAAAUGUCUGAUAUACAAUAACGGCGACAAUGUCAAACAUUAGUUCGACAAGUAAUAAUGAAAAUAAAUUGAAUUCAAUCAUAAAUUCGAAUGAUAAAACAACGAUGAUUUCAUAUGAAAAUCAUAAUAAUGAACAUUGUGAUGAUGGUAAUGAUGAUAUGAAAUGUAUUUCAAACUUAAAACAUGAUCAUAUAUCACCUGUCAUCAAUGAUGCUGAUGAUGAUGAUCAAAAAUCAUCAAAUGAAAUGACAUUGAAAACAAUAACGAAUCAUGAUCCUUAUAUUCAUCAUGGUAAAAAUCGUUCAUCAUCAAUGAUCAUUCCAAAAGAUCGUUUAAAUAAUGAAAAUAAAUCUAUCAAAAUGAAUCAUCAAUCAAUAAUCAAUUCAUUGAUAGAUUAUCGAAUCAAUAGUAAUAAUAAUAAUGGUGCCUUAUCGAUUCAACCAAUCAAAAAAUAUAACAAUGGUUUUACCAUUUUAGACAAUAAUAAAAAUGUCUAUGAUUGGACCGUAGAGGAUGUUGGUUAUUGGUUAGAAAUGAAUGAUUUUAGUGAUUAUCGACAAUUAUUCUGUGAUCAUCAUCGUAUUGAUGGCCGUGUAUUGAUCAAUCUAACUGCCGACGAUCUUCGUACAGAUCCAUUAAAUAUACAGAUUUUUGGUGAUAUUAAACGAUUUUGUUUAGCAUUUGAUCAUCUACGAUCUGUUUAUUUAAAAUCAUCAAAUAAUUUGACGGAAGAUUUUAGUAAAAAUCAUCAUAUAAAAUCAACCAUUUCCUCAUCAACGAAUCGACAUUCGUUAGUGCAUACGAAAUUUUCCAAUGGAAGCAAUAAAUCUACAAACAAUCUAUUAUCGAAACGAUAUUCUAAUUAUUCAAAAGAUCAUCAACAACAUAAUCAUCAACAAAAUCAAGAGGAUAAUAUUUCGAAUGAAUCCUCAUCAAAUACAACAUCAUCAAAUAAUUCAUAUAAAAAUGAAAAUGAUCAGGAAAUGGAAACGUCAACAACGCAUAGCCAUGGUGAUAAUAUUGAACAUUUACAAAUGUUUAAUAAUAAUAAUGAUUAUGAACAUAAUAAUCAAAUGGUUAUGAAUGAACAAACAAAUCUUGCCAUUUCAUCAAAUUGUUCAUCAUCAGUUUCAUCAUUUAUAUCAAGUUCAUCGAAAACAAGUAAUCGAUCUGAUGAAGACUGUGAUGGAAAUGAUAAUGAUGAUGAUGAAAGUCAUUCACUUAUCAAAAAUAAUCAAUUAAAAUAUCGAAAUAAUCAACAGGUACGUAUCGUUCCGCAAUUAACAACGAGCAAUGAUCUAGCUCAGAUGAUUGCUAUUUCACAUCCUGGUCAACAAAAUCAACAGCCAAAUAUGUCAAAAUCAUUAUCAUCAGCUUCAACGAUGACAGUCAAGAAUCGAAAUUCUAGUCAUCAUCAACAACGUAAUAAUAAUCAUCAAAAUACUUCUAAUCAUUCAACGUUGGAAAAAAAUCAUCAAAAACAUCAUCGUAAACAUCGUCGUCAUCAUCAUCACCAUCAUCAUCAUCAUCGUCGUGAAGUUCGACAAGAAUCAUGGAAAGCAUUGAUCGCUUUAAUUUAUUUCUUUUCAUCAACAUGGGUAACAGCAAUCGUAAUGGUUAUUGUACAUGAUCGUGUACCCGAUAUGGAUACUUAUCCACCAUUACCGGAUUUAUUGUUGGAUAAUCUUCCAUUGAUACCAUGGGCAUUUGGUAUGGCCGAAACAUGUGGUCUAAUUUUGUUUAUCAUUUGGGCGUUAAUUUUGAUUUUCCACAAGUAUCGCUUUAUUCUUUUACGUCGAAUGUUUUCAUUAUUUGGUUCGGUAUUUAUGAUACGUUGUUUUACGAUGGUCAUUACAUCGUUAUCAGUACCGGGUCGUCAUCUUCAAUGCAAAGCACGGCCAUAUGGUACAUGGACUGAACGUUUACAUCAAGCAUAUCUAAUUUGGCAAGGUGGUGGUAUGGCUUUACAAGGUGUAAGAACAUGCGGUGAUUAUAUGUUCAGUGGCCAUACAGUUGUAUUAACAAUGCUUAAUUUUUUCGUAACUGAAUAUACACCGCCUACUCUAUAUCUAAUACAUACAAUGUCCUGGGUACUUAAUCUAUUUGGCGUAUUUUUUAUUCUAGCUGCUCAUGAACAUUAUUCAAUUGAUGUAUUCAUUGCAUUUUAUAUAUCUACUCGUCUAUUUCUUUAUUAUCAUACAUUGGCCAAUAAUCGAGCUUUAUAUCAAAGUGAUCGCCAUCGUACUAGAAUUUGGUUUCCAUUAUUUUCAUUUUUUGAAUCCGGUGUUUCCGGUAUUGUACCGAAUGAAUAUGAAAUACCAUUCAAACGACAAAAAGAUAAACUAGUUAAUUAUCUUUCGGAAAAAAUUUGUGAAACAUCAUGGAUGCGAUCAAUAUUCGAUCAAGAUUAUGAUGAUAUUAAUGAUAUUGAUAGUGAUGAUAAUGAUGAUGAUAAACAACCGGCAUCAGAUUGGCCAUCCGAUCAAUCUGAUCAUAGUGAUAAUCCAUUAAUGCAAUCCACAUCAUCAUCAUCAUCGUCAUCGCCAUCAACACAGCUUCGAAUGGCUCAAAAUUCGAAAUUAAAGAUUCAAUGAUAAUGACAAACAUCCCCUUCUAUUAAUUGUUGUUGUAUGUUUUUUUUUCUCCACAAAUUAUACUUUGAUAAAUAUUUCUAACUAUAG